UGAGUUUAUUCUCCAUCUCCAGGUUUAUUUCUUCGGAGAUCAGCCAUCCAGAAAGCUGAUUUAACGAAAUAUUGGUAUUGUUCAUGCGAAUGUUUUGCUUAAAGGAUGAGUAUUCGGUGGGAAGACCACGAAUAACAGCAUUCACCACAUCACGUUCAGGGAUCUCUUCUUUCAAGGCAUCGAGAUCCGAGAGAAUAGUUGCCACAUCAUCAAGGUAUUGUGUCAUAGUUUUGGUACCUUUAUGAAGAGUGUGGAGUUUGUCCCGAAGCUGAUAAACAUGAGCGGUGGACACGGAGUUGUACCGUGCGGCCAAAGCAUCCCAGAGGGCAGCAGAUGUGGUGAAGCCGCGAGCAUGUUUGUGAACGGAGGGGCUGAUGACCGCUAGGAGGCAGACGCGGAUCUGUGUGUCAACGAUGGUCCAGGAGACAGCUCUUUCAGCUAAUCUCCUCCUUGGAUGGAUUGAUGGUCAUGAAGCAGCCCCGGCGCCAACUAUCUCCAAAAACGAUAAAACCGUCCCUAAUCCAGAGUAUACCUCCUGGACCAUCGUUGACACACAGAUCCGCGCCUGCCUCCUAGCGGUCAUCAGCCCCUCCGUUCACAAACAUGCUCGCGGCUUCACCACAUCUGCUGCCCUCUGGGAUGCUUUGGCCGCACGGUACAACUCCGUGUCCACCGCUCAUGUUUAUCAGCUUCGGGACAAACUCCACACUCUUCGUAAAGGUACCAAAACUAUGACACAAUACCUUGAUGAUGUGGCAACUAUUCUCUCGGAUCUCGAUGCCUUGAAAGAAGAGAUCCCUGAACGUGAUGUGGUGAAUGCUGUUAUUCGUGGUCUUCCCACCGAAUACUCAUCCUUUAAGCAAAACAUUCGCAUGAACAAUACCAAUAUUUCGUUAAAUCAGCUUUCUGGAUGGCUGAUCUCCGAAGAAAUAAACCUGGAGAUGGAGAAUAAACUCAACCUCACCGAGUCUACCAUCACCGAACCUCAAAUUGCUCCAAUCCCUCCUCAAUUUUCCUAUCUCACCGAUGUGGGACUUUGAAGUAACACUCAACAAAAAAAAAGUAGGAAAUUGAAAAAAAUCAAAGAGUUGGAUGUAAUAUUUGGUCGUGGGACAAUAUUUUUUGAGAAAAUUAUUUUUAGGAGAAAACAAUUUCUACGAAAAAUCAUUCCCACGGUUGACCCCGAACUUAUCGUGCGAAGAAGCAUGCAGUGAAAACAUGAAGGGCUACCAACUCCUUAGCCAUGCCAUCAAGUUCGUGUUUUGUGGUUAGAAAAAUAAACAUUAAAUUACUUCUAACUAU